CUGCGCGGCGUGGGGACGCCGCCCGCUCCCGGAAGUGGGAGGUGGCCGCGGGAGUUUGUGUGGCGGCGGCCGCGGGAACCGGACGCCGUCGUUUUUUUCCGGAGAGAAAAGGCGGCGUUUUUGGGCUUGGCGGACUGAGCUGGAGCAGGUGUCCGGGGCCGGCAUGGAGGAGCCCCAGAGCGAGGCUCCUGGCGGCCAGGCCGUGGGUCCCGCCGGACCGCGACCGGAGUGCGGGCAAGAGCCGCAGCCUCGGAACCUGGAGAAAAAGCAACGAUGUAGAUUUGAUGGCCAAGAAACAAAAGAAUCUAAGAUCAUUACCUCCAGCACAAGUGAUUUCAGUGACCCAGUUUACAAAGAAAUUGCUAUUACGAAUGGUUGUAUUAAUAGAAUGAGUAAGGAAGAACUGAGAGCUAAACUUUCAGAAUUCAAGCUUGAAACAAGAGGCGUAAAGGAUGUACUAAAGAAGAGACUGAAAAGCUACUACAAGAAGCAGAAGCUAAUGUUGAAAGAGAGCAAUUGUGUGGACAGUUACUAUGACUACAUCUGUAUUAUUGACUUUGAAGCCACUUGUGAAGAGGGUAACCCAUCUGAGUUCAUACAUGAGAUCAUUGAAUUUCCUGUUGUUUUACUGAACACUAAGACCUUAGAAAUCGAAGAUACGUUUCAGCAGUAUGUGAGACCAGAGGUGAACACACAGCUUUCUGAAUUCUGCAUCAGUCUUACUGGAAUUACACAGGAUCAAGUAGACAAAGCUGAUACUUUCCCUCAGGUACUAAGAAAAGUAAUUGACUGGAUGAAAUCAAAGGAAUUAGGAACAAAGUAUAAAUACUGCAUUUUAACAGAUGGAUCAUGGGAUAUGAGUAAGUUCUUGAACAUUCAAUGCCAACUCAGCAGGAUGAAAUACCCUCCUUUUGCUAAAAAGUGGAUCAAUAUUCGAAAGUCAUAUGGAAACUUCUACAAGGUUCCUAGAAGCCAAACCAAACUGACAAUGAUGCUUGAAAAAUUAGGAAUGGAUUAUGAUGGGAGGCCUCACAGUGGUCUUGAUGACUCUAAGAACAUCGCCCGAAUAGCAGUUCGAAUGCUUCAGGAUGGAUGUGAACUGCGAAUCAAUGAGAAAAUGCAUGCAGGACAGCUAAUGAGUGUGUCCUCUUCCUUACCCAUAGAGGGCGCUCCAGCUCCACAAAUGCCACAUUCUAGAAAGUAGCAGCAUUUCUGUGACUUAUUCUCAUCUGAGCUGCUGCAAAGGUGGCGGAUGACCACUGGUUGACUCAGUCCUACAGUGCAAACUUCAAGCACCUUAAACAUUUAUAAUCUUGUUGCAGUUGUAGAGCGCUGUAGUUGUGUACGUAUGUGAAGAAGUUUUGUGAGCAGGCAUAUUGAAUUGUCACCAGCACUUUUAAUAUAAGCAGAAACAAUAAUAGUUUCUGCUUAGAACUGUAUUGUACAUUUUAAGGUGUCCAAGAUGUGUCCCUUUUCAUUUUAAAAUGUGCAAGUUAAAGGCUUAUCACUUAAAUGUUAUAAUCUUACUGAUGUCAAAAUACAGUACAGGUUUCUACAUUAGUGUCAUUAAAUUAAAUUAGUUUCUUAAAAUGUGUAAAAGAGAGGAAGGUAGGCCUUUUCUGAUCUUUGGAUUCUGAGAAUAUCAUAGUCUUUUUGAUUUUUGAAUUUUACAUUGGAAGCUCAAUUACAGUUGACCCUUAGUGUCCUUUGGAGACCUGGUCCCAGGACUGCCCGUGGAUUCUGCAAUCUGAGGGUGCUCAGGUGCUUGACAUCAGUGGAAUAAUAUUUGCAUAUGAGUAUAACCUAUACAAUCUUGCUGUACAUUUUGAGUCAUCCCUAGAUUACUUACAAUACCUGAAACAAUGAAAUGCUGUGCAAGUAGUUGUUAAUACUAUAUUGUUUAGGAAAUAAUGGCCAGAAAAAAAUCUGUAUGUUCUGUGCAAGAGUGACUGUGACAAGCCUGACCGCAUACCGCGCAAACUAGUUGAACUCGGUGUGAGCCAAGAAGUGUUUGAUUCAGUACUGGAAGGAGACUGAGAAUCCUGGGGGAUGGUUGGGGGGCUGCGGCAGGUACCGGUGCUCUGUGUGCAUUGGCUGGGUCUUAAUGUGUAGCAAAUUCAAGUUGUACUUUGUGGAUUCCCCUUCCCCCUCCCCAUCCACAGAUGGUUGAAUCCCUGGGCAUGUGAAGCCUGCAGGCCAACUGUAGAUGUGAUGAAUUUCUUCAAACCCAUAGUAUAUAGACCUGCCAGCAAUUAGAAGACUUGUGAUAGCUUAGGUGAUGUUAAUGCCAUAGUAACCAGGAGAGUAAUACAUAGUCAGAAGGAAGUGCUAUUAAAAGGACUGUCAUGAAUUCUAUAGGCCACAUUUGGCUGUAUAGAAAGAAACCAAUGGAGUAUUUGUUUGUUUUUAAACUUGUUUUCUUAGUUCCACCCCUUGUGACAUAUCUUCCCACAUAUUUUAAGAGACUGCUAUGUUUUGUAAAAAACUAAACGUCACCACUUAAUUUUACAUUUGUAUUCAGUAUUACAAGUAGGGUUAAUAAAGUCAAUUAGUGCUUUCUUUUC